GACACCUAGAACGGCCCGGAUGCCGUUAGAUGACCUAGACCAGCCUAGGCAACAUCUGGACGGACCUAGAUGGUCCUCGACCCGGAUCAUGAGGAAGCUCUGCCUCAUGAUCAGAAGAGAAGCCGCAUGCCUCAGCAUGCGCAGUUAGACUCCAAGGCAUGCUUCGCCUUGAGGACAGAUAAGAGAGGCAUGACAGUCCCAGUCCUUCAGUCUAAGCCGCACCUUAAGGAAAGCCGAUGCUACCUUAAGUGGAACCCCCGAACCUCUCAGUCGAGAGAAGAUCCCCGUCUCUCCAGUAGCGAGCCCGCUACCAGAUUAGGCAAUCCGCCUAGGGAGAGCUCGACCUAUCCUAAUAAGGUCCCUCUUGCACGUGAAAUUCCAUGUGUACGCAUCGUGCAUCUUAAGGUAGAGCUCAAGAUAUCAAGAAGAUAUGAUUGGAUCUCGAUGAGCCCGGCUUCUAGGUGGGCAUGGGGAGUCAUUGCGAGAUUGGAGGCCAUUCAACUUGAACGUAUUGGAUUAUGGUCAUGGCAGGCUAGUACGAUCUUGGACAUGCCGAAAAUGAGCACGGUAACGCCUAGUGCUGCCGCAGACUCCGAGGUGCCCCAUAAAUGGUUGGUACUCCUCUGGCACGAACCUGAACAAGAAGGACGGAAGAAGAUUCGGAAUCCAGCUGAUGAGUCUGUCGCCAGAUCGCAGAGCUCUAGAGUGGUGUGGCUGUCCCGAGUCUAG